AUGUAUCACAUGUCUUUGCAAAAUGUAUCAACAUUCUAUGGCACAUCCGAAUUCCGAUUUAUUUUUUUUCAUACAUUUGCUGAAGAAUUUGUUCUUUUUAAUUUUGGCUUGUGGGUAGAAUUCCUGUGUGGAAUAGCAGUAGCGGCCGAUGAUUCUUUGGGGACUCUGAUCGGAAUCGAUCUCGGAACAACGUAUUCCUGUGUGGGAGUGUACAAGAACGGUCAUGUGUAAAUCAUAGCGAACGAUCAAGGCAACAGAAUCACGCCCUGCUGGGUCGCAUUCACUGAUACGGAGCGUCUGAGAGAGGCGGCCAAGAAUCAAGCCCCUCUCAACGCAGAACGCAUCAUUUUCGACGUCAAGCGGCUCAUUGGGCGAAAGUUUGAUGAUCCAGAGGUUCAAAGAGAUAUUAAGUUUUUACCUUAUAAGGUUGUGAACAAAGAUGGGAAGCCUUAUAUGCAGGUGAAGGUUAAAGGUGAAACCAAGGUUUUUAGCCCUGAGGAAAUCAGUGCUAUGAUUUUGAGUAAGAUGAAGGAAACCGCCGAGGCCUACCUCGGGAGGAAGAUCAAAGACGCCGUGGUAACCGUUCCAGCUUAUUUCAAUGAUGCGCAGAGAGUCAGGCUACAUGAUGCAGGCAUCAUUGCUGGGCUCAAUGUGGCUCGGAUAAUCAACGAGCGUACGGCCCCAGCCAUUGCCCUUGGUAUAGAGAAGAAAGAAGAGAAGAACAUAUUAGUUUACGAUCUUGGUGGUGGUACAUUUGAUGUUAGCAUCUUGACAAUUGAUAACGGUGUGUUUGGGGUGAGGUCUACAAGCGGAGACACUCACUUGGGAGGAGAGGACUUCGACCAUAGAGUAAUGGACUACCUCAUCAAGUUGAUCAAGAAGAAAUAUAUCAAGGAUAUUAGCAAGGACCACAUGGCUCUUGGGAAACUUCGAAAGGAAUGUGAGAGAGCUAAGAGAGCGUUGAGUAGGCAGCAUCAGGUUCUAGUGGAGAUUGUAUCUCUUUUUGAUGACGUAGAUUUGUCGGAGCCAUUGACAAGGGCUAGAUUCGAGGAGUUGAACAUGGACUUGGUCAAGAAGACCAUGGGACCGGUAAAGAAGGCUUUAGAAGAUGCAGGCUUGAAGAAGAAGGAUAUUCACGAGAUUGUCCUCGUUGGAGGGAGCACCCGAAUUCCUAAGGUGCAAGAGAUGUUGAAGGACUUCUUCGAUGGGAAAGAGCCAAGCAAGGGGGUCAAUCCUGAUGAGGCUGUUGCAUACGGUGCUGCAGUUCAAGGUGGAGUUCUCAGUGGCGAAGGCGGGGAAGAAACCAAGGACCUGCUUUUGCUUGAUGUUGUGCCGUUUAGUCUUGGUAUCGAACCAGUUGGCGGUGUCAUGACAAAAUUGAUUCCAAGAAACACCGUCAUCCCAACUAAGAAGUCUCAAGUCUUCACCGCUUAUCAAGACCAGUAGACCACAGUAUCCAUCGAGGUGCACGAAGGUGAAAAAAGCUUGGCGAAGGAUUGUCGUGAGCGUGGUCUCACCGGCAUUCCACCUGCUCCAAGAGGAGUUCCCCAAAUCGAGGUGACAUUUGAGAUUGAUGCAAAUGGCAUCCUACACGUGAGAGUAGAGGACAAGGCGGCAAAGAAAUCUCAAUCCAUAACCAUCACCAACGACAAGGGGCGUCUGAGCCGGGAAGAGAUAGAGAGAAUGGUGAAGGAGGCUGAGGAGUUUGCCGAAGAGGAUAACAAAGUGAGGGAAAAAGUCGAUGCCAGGAACAAACUUGAGACCUAUUACAGCUUGAAGAGCACUGUCAAUGACAAGGACAAGCUGGCAGAUAAGAUUGAUUCAGAUGACAAGGAGAAGAUCGAAAGCACACUGAAGGAAGCGCUCGAGUGGUUGGAUGACAACCAAAACGCCGAGAAGGAUGAUUUCGAUGGGAAGCUGAAGGAGGUGGAGGCAGUAUGUAACCCGGUGAUAAAGCAAGUUUAUGAGAGUGGUGGAAGUUCUAGUGAUUCGCAGGAUGAGGAAGAAGCAAAUGAUGAGUUGUAGAAACUAGGAAGGGAGAAUGUUUGAGAUUUCAUUGUCGUUUUUGUUCUUUUCUUUUGACGGGUGUUAUAGCUCAAAAUGUAUCAUGGUUGAUGGUGUUUACGUAAUGGUAAGGAAAAUUCUUUCACG